AUGAGGCCCUACUCCGAACUCCCCCAGGAUGCUGAUCUCCACGAUCCCAGCCAUCAUGAUCCACCGCCGUCCGACAACCAGAGCGCCUUUCGCCUUUACUGGCUCACAGCAAUCGUCUGCUGCGGUGGCCUUCUCUUCGGCUAUGACUCGGGUGUGAUUGGCGGAGUUCUCACCUUCGAAUCCUUCCAUCGCUCCUUCCGGUAUACCGCCGCCGAUGAGACUCGAGUUAGCGCUAUUGCAGUCGGCGUCCAGCAAGCCUCUGCGCUACUUGGCUGUCUGCUCAUAUGGCCUUUCACAAACCGUCUCGGCCGUCGCCCGGCCAUGGCUGUCUGCUCCCUCAUCUUCUGCACGGGGGUUAUCUUCGAACUGCUCGAUACCCACUCGCUAUCCGUCUUCUACGUGGGCCGCGUCAUCUGCGGACUGGGGAUCGGCGGCUCCGCAACCGUCAUCCCCAUCUAUCUCUCGGAAAUGAGUCCCACCGACAAGCGCGCCCGGCUCGGAAGCUGCUAUCAAUUCGCCUUCACCAUCGGCAUUCUCGUGUCCUACUGGAUCGACUAUGGCAUGCAAUUUGCUCCCGCCAAUGCCCUGCAAUGGCAGAUUCCAUUCGCUGUACAGCUGAUCCCCGGCGCAUUAAUGGGGUUGGGGAUGCUCACGCUCCGCGAAAGCGUGCGCUGGCUCCUCUCCCACGACCACGACAAGAACGAGUCCAAAGCAUGGGACAGCCUAACCUGGAUCCGCUCAUCGAACGGACCACACGUGCGCACCGAGUACCAGCAAAUGAAAUCCAGCAUCGAGCGUGAUGCGCACGCGACCGCCGAUUUCUCUCCGAAAGAACUCCUCAGCAAGUCCAACAGCCACCGACUCGCUCUAGCCGUCUGCCUAUUCAUAGCCCAACAAUCCAUGGGGCCAACGGCGCUCGCCUACUUCGGUCCGCAAUUCUUCGCCCUCCUAGUAGGCAACAACGCCCACCUUACCCUCCUCCUAACCGGCAUAUUCGGCGGCCUAAAAGUAAUCGGCUGCCUCAUCUUCAUCGUAUGGGUCGCCGACCGAUUCGGCCGCCGACCACUACUCAUCCUCGGCGCACUCGCCAUGUCCAUCUGCAUGAUAACCACCUCAGUGGUCGUAAAAUCCACCAACGUCCCCACCCCCCACCCAUCCACAAACAAUCCCUCCACCACCCCCACUAUGACGAACAGCGGCCUCCUCACCGUCUCCCUCAUCUACCUCGCCAUCGUCUUCUACAACCUCUCCUGGGGCCCCCUCCCCUGGCCCUGCACCGCCGAACUCUUCAACACCCGCAUCCGCGAACCGGGCGUCGCCAUCGGCGUCGCCGCCCAAUGGCUCUCCAACUUCGUCUGGUCAUUCUCCACCCCGUACGUCCUAGCCGGGGCGAAAUGGGCCACCUUUUUGAUCUUCGGGGUCUUAGACGCCAGCUUCGCCGUCUUCGUCUGGUUCUUCCUACCCGAGACACGCGGGAGAUCCCUCGAGGAGAUCGAUGCGCUUUUCGGAGAUGAUGACGAUAAACUUCAUGAUGAUUCGCUAUCAUCUGCCCUGCUGGUCGGGGAACAGGAACAGGAAAUUGACCGUGGUUAUGAACAGGACGGGAUUGUUUCUGAUGAUGAUAAUGCGGGGGCGAAGACGAGUGAGGAGAGAGUGGAGGUUUAG